AUGUCGAGCUCAGCCCGUCUGCAGGACAAGGUGGCCAUCGUCACCGGCGCGUCGUCCGGUCUAGGACGAGCAAUCGCCAUCCGAUACGCGCAGGAAGGAGCCAAGGUCGUCUGCGCCGAUUUGACACCAAUGGCGCGAUCACAGGAAGAAUCCGAGAUCACGACCCACGAUCUUAUUGUGAAGGAGGGAGGGAAAGCGAUCUUCGUGCAGACGGAUGUCGGCGAUGGGGCUCAAAUGGAGAAAUUGGUUCAAAUGAGUGUUAAGGAAUAUGGACGACUUGAUAUUCUAGUCAACAAUGCUGGAAUCAGUAUCGAGGCACGCAAACCAGCCGUCUUGCAUCUCACUGAUGAAGCGACCUGGGAUACGACCAUGCGUGUCAACACCAAGUCCGUCUUCCUGGGUUGUAAAUAUGCUCUUGCACAGAUGCUCGUGCAAGAGCCUCAUUCAUCUGGGGAUCGUGGCUGGAUUGUUAACAUUUCUUCAAUUAUGGCUAUGAUUGGAGGUCCCAAGAAUCCAUCUUAUUGUGCAUCCAAGGGUGCAGUCAGCAAUUUGACAAGACAGGUUGCUUUAGAUUAUGCUCCUGAAAACAUCCAUAUUAAUGCACUCUGUCCUGGCUAUACACAAACAGCUAUAUUCAAGGAGACCACCACUAAUUUGACUCCGUGGGAAGACCUCAGACGUCGGCAUCCUCUCAAAGGACCGGGAAUGCCGGAAGAUAUUGCUAGGAUGGCUGUUGUAUUGGCAAGUGAUGAUGCUAAUUGGGUUACUGGUACAUGUCUCCCGGUAGAUGGCGGGUACACUGCUCGAUAG